CUUGUGUGUGUGUGUGUGUGUGUGUGAGAGAGAGAGAAAGAGAGAGAGAGAGAGAGAGAGAGGGUGGCUGGCUAGCUCCCUCCCAUAACAUAAGAGAAGUCUCCACCUUUAAAAUUAUUAUUAUUUAUUUAUAUUUUAUGUUCCUGUUAUUUUCUUGAACUGAAUACAAAUACAAAUAGCUUUCUCUAAUGCCCAUCCUGUCCCAAGAAAAGUAAAGAAACAGAAACAAAACCCUAAUUUUUAGAAUACAUCAAACUUGCUCCUCGUCUGUUUAUUACUUUAGAGCUAUCAGGUGCCAGACGAUGGCGCAUCUUCAACUGAAAAUUGGGUUUUCCCUGUAAGUCCCUCAAGUUUGAAGAAUUUACUCAAAAGGUACUUAAUAUCUGAUGGCUGGAAGCUGGGAUGGAAGUUAUGACAUUGGUAGCCCGUCAGAAGAGAGCUCUCACUUUGAGAAACUACACAUAGAGCCCAUAUAUGAUGCAUUUAUAUGCCCUUUGACAAAACAAAUUAUGUCUGAUCCUGUUUCCUUGGAAAAUGGACAAACUUUUGAUCGAGAAGCAAUUGAAAAGUGGUUCAAAGAAUGCAGGGAGAGCGGAAGAAGGCUGAUUUGUCCAUUGACGCUACAAGAAUUAAGAAGUACAGAAUUGAACCCAAGUAUGGCUCUGCGAAACACCAUUGAACAGUGGCACGCCAGAAAUGAAGCUGCUCAAUUGGAUAUGGCUCGUAGGUCAUUAUCUCUCGGCAGUGCAGAGAGUGAUAUUCUGCAGGCUUUGAAGUUUGUCCAGUACCUCUGCCAAAAAAGCCAGUCAAAUAAGCAUAUUAUUCGUAAUGCAGAGCUGAUUCCUAUGAUUGUUGACAUGUUGAAGAGCAGCAGUCGUAGAGUUCGCUGUAAAGCUUUAGAAACUCUUCAAAUUGUGGCCGAGGAAGACUCUGAUAAUAUGGAAAUAAUGGCUGAAGGGGACACUGUACGAACAAUAGUUAAGUUCUUGUCUCAUGAGCAAUCCAAAGAGAGGGAGGAAGCUGUUUCUUUGCUAUUUGAGCUCUCCAAGUCUGAAACUUUGUGUGAAAAGAUUGGUUCAGUUAAUGGAGCAAUUCUUAUAUUGGUUGGAAUGACUAGCAGCAACUCAGAAAAUCUUUUGACCGUUGAGAAGGCUGAUAAAACUCUGGAGAAUUUGGCAAAGUGUGAGAAUAAUGUAAGACAGAUGGCUGAAAAUGGUAGAUUGCAACCUCUUCUGACACUACUCCUUGAAGGCCCACCAGAAACUAAGUUAUCCAUGGCUGCAUACCUUGGUGAGUUGACUCUAAACAACGAUGUGAAGGUCUUUGUGGCCACAACUGUUGGCUCAUCACUAAUCGAUAUCAUGAGAAGUGGUAACAUUGAGUGCAGAGAAGCUGCUCUAAAAGCACUGAAUCAGAUCUCAUCUUAUGAAGCAAGUGCCAAGGUUUUGAUUGAGGCAGGUAUUCUUCCUCCUCUUGUCAAGGAUCUAUUCAUUGUUGGCCCGAACCAGCUUCCCAUGCGGCUGAAAGAAGUUGCUGCGACAAUUCUUGCCAAUGUGGUGACCUCAGGUUAUGAUUUUGAUUCCAUCCCUGUUGGACCUGACCGCCAGACUUUAGUAUCAGAAGACACGGUUCAUAACUUGCUCCAUCUUAUUAGCAACACUGGCCCAGCAAUAGAAUGCAAGCUUCUCAACGUUCUUGUUGGUCUGACAAGUUCUCGUAGUACUGUCGUCAGCGUUGUUGCUGCCAUUAAAAGCUCUGGUGCUACCAUCAGUUUGGUUCAGUUCAUCGAGGCUCCGCAGAACGAUUUGCGUGUGGCUUCCAUAAAGCUUCUCCAGAACCUCUCUCCGUACAUGGGUCAUGAACUAACCGAUGCUUUACGUGGGCCAGCAGGCCAGCUUGGUACCCUAAUCAAAGUCAUAUCAGAAAACAUUGGUAUCACUGAAGAGCAGGCUGCUGCAGUUGGCCUUUUAGCCGAUCUUCCGGAGAGGGACGUGGGCCUCACGAGGCAGAUGCUAGAUGACGGUGCUUUUCAGUUGGUCAUUUCCAGAAUAAUCAAGAUUAGGCAAGGUGGGACUAGAGGUAUUCGUUUUGUCACACCAUAUCUGGAAGGGCUUGUUCGAGUUCUCUCAAGGGUUACUUUUGUGUUGGCUGAUGACCCCGAUGCAAUUGCACUCUGUCGCGAGCACACUCUCGCUGCACUGUUCACUGAACUGCUUCAGACCAAUGGACAUGACAAUGUACAGAUGAUUUCUGCCAUAGCCCUGGAAAACCUAUCCCAAGAAUCUAAGAAUUUGACCAGACUGCCCGAGUUGCCAGAACCUGGUUUUUGUGUCUCUAUCUUUCCAUGUUUAAGCAAGCCUCCUGUCAUAACCGGAUUAUGUAGGAUCCACCGUGGGACUUGUUCGCUAAAAGAAACUUUUUGCCUCUUGGAGGGCCAAGCUGUGGAGAGAUUGGUGGCCCUUCUAGACCACACAAAUGAGAAGGUGGUUGAGGCGUCACUCGCGGCAUUGUCUACUUUGUUGGAUGAUGGGGUUGAUAUUGAACAAGGGGUGAAGGUAUUGUGCGAGGAGGAAGGAAUCAAGCCGAUAUUGGAUAUAUUGAAAGAGAAACGGACAGACAAUAUCCGGAGGAGGGCAGUUUGGGCAGUCGAAAGACUUUUGCGCUCUGAAGAUAUAGCCUACCAAGUUUCUGGUGAUCAAAAUGUGGGCACAGCACUUGUUGACGCUUUCCAGCAUGGCGAUUAUCGAACACGACAGAUUGCUGAGCAUGCACUGAAGCAUGUUGACAAGAUACCCAACUUCUCCGGUGUCUUUGCGCCAUGAAAAUAUAGAUUUGCUUUGCUCGCAAAUGUCUGUCGGUGAAGUGGGGACAUUGCAUUUAUUGAUAAUUUCCCCCUUAUUUUGAGCUGCAUCUAAAAUUUUGGUUUGAGAAGCAUCACGAGAAGGUGGAUAAUGUUAUUACCUGUCUUAUGGUUUGUCUGACUUGUCUUAUAAACUGUUCAUUUGUUCAUCAUUGUUGUUUGAGUAGUAUUUUUUUUUAUAAAAAAAACAAGAGCUGCAUAUAUUGGAUUUGGAGUGGGGACACAACAGUGUUUUUGUACAUUUUUUUACCAUAUUUUCAAUAAAAGAUUCGUUAUGAAUUGUGCA